AUGCAGUUCAAGAUCCUCACCAUUGCUUCGUUCCUCGCUGUUGCUAUUGCUGCACCCGCCGUUCAAUCCAGCGGAGAGAUCGUUGUCCGCGCACCGCUUCCCGCAGUCCUCAGCGAGAGCGCAGCAAUGAGCAACGCCAAUGGAGAGGUCAUUCCUUUCUCCUCGACUGGCGUUCACCAGCCACUCAAGGCUGCCGGGAAAUAA